CGCUUCUGUCAAACUUCGCCUGAUCGAGAGCAGACAGCUGAGCACGAGAGGUAACUUCACUUCAGAAGGUCUGUGUCACUCAAGCGAUGAGAGACGUUUUACCCUCUGACCACAGCGGGUCUCAGACAUGACAAGAGGAUGACUCAGAAUGGCGAGGACGGCGGCGUCCAUCAGCACAGUGAAGCUCCUGACAUAAGAGGUUCAGUUGUCAAGGACAGCCGGCCAUUCAAAGCUCCCUUAGUGGAUGUCAAGCAACAACAUGAUGCCCUUAAACUCACUGCUAGGAACAGAGAGGGAGAGCUCAUUCCUUACCAGCCUCGGCCGCCCUUAAUACCCAGGCAGACAAAGUCCAAGAGGAGUGUCUCCGUUGAGGAGACGGUGAGAAACAGGAGGCUGAGAAACAGCCAGGAGAGCCUGAGUGACCCGGCUGAGACCGGCUCCUCCACAGACUCGCUUAAAGACGACCAAACAGGACCGAAUCCAGGUGGGUUCAUCUUCAGUAGCGCUGCAGCCGUCAGGAACAAGGACUCCGGUGCGAGGCCCGUCUCUGCCACUUCAACAGGAUCCCCAGUCUUCCGGGAGCGAGGGAGCAGUCUCUCAGAUUAUGAGAGGAGGCCUCACAGCCAGCAGAGCGACCCCACGGACCAGCUGGCUCGGCCCACCAAGGUACGCCUGUCCCCGGUGCAACCAACCGGGCCGCUGCCCACUCUGGAGAAGGGCUUUGUGGCAGCCACUUUAAAGGCUGCUAAUAGGAUUGACAGGGAUUGUUUGGAUUAUGCCUCGCUGGCCAGAGAGAAGCUCGGGGAGAGACUCCACAGGAACCUGAGCGACAGCCGGCUCCUGGAGAACAUGGGGUCGGAUAGCGCCUCUGUCAACUCCAUGAGGUCCACGUACAGCGUGCUCAGCCCCAUCAGGCCUCAGGACGUCAGGAACAGGAGUUUUCUGGAGGGCAGCGUGCUGGGAAGCGGUGCGCUGCUCGGGGCUGAGGAGCUGGACCGCUACUUCCCUGACAGGAGACUAAACGUCUUCAUCGCCACGUGGAACAUGCAGGGGGAGAGGGGACUUCCACUCAACUUAGACGAUCUCCUCCUUCCAACUGACUCUGAAUUUGCACAAGACUUUUAUAUUAUCGGUGUUCAGGAGGGUUGUCCUGACAGGAGGGAGUGGGAGACUCGACUUCAGGAGACUCUGGGACCUUAUUACGUCAUGCUGUAUGCAGCAUCACAUGGCGUUUUGUUUCUCACUGUAUUCGUCAGAAGGGACCUCAUCUGGUUCUGCUCAGAAGUGGAACACGCCACAGUCACAACCAGGAUCAUCUCUCAGAUCAAGACCAAAGGGGCUGUGGGAAUCGCCUUCACCUUUUUUGGAACUUCCUUCCUGUUCAUCACAUCCCAUUUUACCUCUGGAGACGCCAAAGUUUACGAGAGAAUCCUCGAUUACAACAAGAUCAUCGAGGCUCUAGCUCUUCCCAAAGGCCUUCCAGACACAAACCCUUACCGCUCCACGCAGUCUGACGUCACCACGAGAUUCGACCAGGUCUUCUGGUUUGGAGACUUUAACUUCCGGCUGAGUAAGGACCGCGGUGAGGUGGAGGCCAUCAUGAGCCGCAGCACAGGAGGCGACAUGGGCCCCCUGCUGGAGCACGAUCAGCUCUCUAAGGAGAUGAAGGAGGGUUCUAUCUUUAAAGGCUUUCAAGAGGCACCAAUUCGCUUUCCCCCAACGUACAAAUUUGACGUCGGCUGCGACUUCUAUGACAGGAGUUCUAAACAGAGAACGCCUUCGUACACAGACAGGAUCGUGUUCAGGAGCAGACAGGCCGACGACAUCAAAGUCGUCAAAUACAGCAACUGCUCCGGCAUCAAGACCUCAGACCAUCGACCCGUCAUCGGUGUCUUCCAGGUCAAACUGAGACCGGGCAGAGACAAUAUUCCUCUGGGUGCGGGACAGUUCGACCGAGGCGUUUACUUGGAAGGCAUUCGGAGGAGGAUCAACAGAGAGCUGAAGAGGAGGGAAGCCAUGAAGCACCAAGGUAGCAGCACAGUCUGCGCCAUCUCUUAGACCCUUGAAGUGGAUUCUGUGGACCAGGCCGGACUGGACCAGGCUGGACUGGGUCCAACUGUUCCAGAAACAGGUGGAAAAGGACCAAAAGGAAACCAGAGUUGUCUUGAAGUCCCGCUCUGGGGAACACCAUUUAUUUAUUUCCCCUUUGUGCCUUUUUAUUUGAAAGAAGACAUAUUAACACCUUAACACUGCAGUAAACAUAGGCCAGUCUGAAAAUAACUGAUUUCGUACAGGUAGGUUUUGUGAUGCCACAAACCUCAGAAACCAUUCCUGUCAACAUGUGGGCGGGGCUCAGCUACAGGUGAGCUGAGACAGGGAGGAGACGGGGAGCAGGAGGCCUCACUAUCGUCACAUUCACAGAUUCUAUUCACAAACUAAGAAAGGGACGUGUAGAAUUGUAUUUUAAGCCGUUUUAAGGCAUUAAACCUUUUGAAUAUUUCAUUUUGGGGUACACAGAUGAUAUUUUUGGGGGAUGUAUUAAAGUACCGGAGUGGGACUCUUAACUACACAGAACCAAGUGCAGGUUGUGGUGACUGAGCAGACUGCGCCCUCUGUUGGACAUUCUGGAGAACUUUGUGUGUGUGUGUGUGUGUGUGUGUGUGUGUGCUGCUGGUCUAAGGGAGUAUCUGACUGUCCUUGAGGGCAGGGACCUUGAGGUCAGUCAGACAAGCAGAGAUUCACAGACACAGCUGCAGUCUAGCCUUUAUUUAUUCAGUUGUCGUUGUUGCUUUACUCUUCAGUCACACGCCGUGGAGCUGAUGUAACUGCAUUUCAUUUUUCUAAUUCAUUUUCUAGCCAUUUAAAAGCAUCAUGAAACCCAGUGUUAACGUGUUUGACUGAAUUUGUCAUUAUUGUUGAAAUGCCUUGUGACUUAGGGAAUCACAGGUAAGUGCAGUAAAGGUUUCGCUGCACCUCAUGCCACACUGGUCGGUUUUUACCUUUAAAGAAGGUAGCUGUUCCAUUGUUUCUAUCAUCGAGUCAAAUGGCCUGAGGUCAGCGAACACUACAGGGAUGCGGUUGUUACACGGUACUGUUGAAUUUCAAGUGUAUCUGACGUUUAAGUUUUUAAGGAACUCACUUCCUGUAAAAUAGGAUUUUAUUUAUUUACGUUAUUGCCUGUCACACAUGUUUCUCUUAUCAGGCCAAGUAAUCCUUUACAGCAGAUUCUAACUCAUUGCCUUAACCUCUCACCACCCUGCUGCGUAACCUCAUAUAUCCUGUAACCUCUCCAUGUACUGUAUGUCACAUUAAUGUAUUCCAUCAUGAAAAGUGCCUGUAGGUCUUGUUUUCAUUUCCUCAGGACCUCUUUGUCUUUUUCUAUGUUCACCUGUGAUGUCACAGAGUUAAUAAACAUUUUAAAACA